CGGCAAGUCGUAACUCUUGGUGACAAAAACAAAAACCUGUGUUACGUUGUUAUAAGUCCGCGUUAAUAACAUUUUCUUAUCUGCCAAGUUCGACCUCGCUAUAGACUGACCGCGAGUUUAUGCCGAUUGACUGUACGAUACGUUGUGCUAAUUUCCAGCGUUACACAAUGAUGCAAACUUUGAAAAGCGUCAGACACUUGGUGACACCAGCCACAGUGAAGCCGGCAGAGUUUGCCAUGUCAGUGCCAUGGGGAGAGAUGAAAGGAAAGGUCUGGGGUCCUGACCAUGGUCGCCCUGUGCUUUGCCUGCAUGGCUGGGCUGACAACUGUGGCACAUUCAACACCCUCAUCCCCCUACUAUCGAAAGAGUGUAAAUAUGUGGCAGUGGACUUGCCAGGUCACGGUCUGUCAUCCCAUCGUCCGCCCGGUGUCUUUUACACCUUCCCGGCCUACGUGGCUGAUGUACGGCGAGUCAUUGAUGCUCUCCAGUGGACAAGAUUCUCCAUCAUAGGCCACAGUAUGGGUGGCAACAUUGCUGGAUUGUUCAGUGCACUGUAUCCUGAGAUGGUGGAUGCUGUCAUACUGCUGGACUCCUUUGGAUUCUUACCAACACACGUGAAAGAAGUGCCCCAAGUGAUGAGGCAGGGGAUGGAAGGGAUGCUCCAGUUUGAAAAAAAGAAAGAGGAAAGAAAGGAGAGAGUGUACACUUACGAGAAGGCAGUUGAGAGGUUGUUGGCUGCAAACCCCACUCUGUCUGAACUGUCCGUGCACAACCUCUUAGAACGAGGUCUCGCUCAGGUUGAAGGAGGGGUUGUGUUCAGCCGAGACUUUCGAAUCAAUCUAAAAAACAUUGUCCGCAUUAGUAUGGAGCAGAGUCUGGAGUUCCAGUCGAGGAUACAAGCCCACGUACUUGUUGUUCUAGCAGAAGAAGGCUUUGAGAAAAUAUUUGCCGAACCAGAUCAGAAGAAAUUUACCUCAGCACUCCUGCAGGGCUACAGGAAUAGAAAUGGUAUUGUGGUUAAAGUACCAGGUGACCAUCAUGUGCACCUGAACAGGCCGGAAAGGGUCGCUCCCUUUAUUUCUGACUUCUUACAGACCAGAGUCCUCUCGCAGUCACCGAGCACUGCAGAGGACACACAAACAGCCAAGUUAUGAUGAGCGCGCACAUCCAUCACCUCCAUUUUACCAGCAAACUCUGCAACACAAAUUCAAAUGAUCCUCGUCAUCAUCCUGUGGCCUCUGAGUAGACAGCAACAGUGUUUAGUUUAUGCUGCCAAAAUAUUUAUAGCAUUUUAUUUAUCUAGCAUACUAGCAAUACUAAAAACAAAUGGGACUUUCCUUCAAAGCUGCUUGAAUAGAAUCCUAUCUUAUUAGGUAAAUAUUAUCUGAGUUCAGUGGGAUGAUUACAUUGUUAAUUGCACAAAUGGUGAUAUGAAGUGAUGCACUGCUGAUUUUGAUAACUAAAAGUGUUAUGGGCAUUUUUUUAAUGAGUUUAUUUGUACAGUAAUACAGUGUGUAUACACUCACCAGAACUGCUGUCUGGCAGCCACUCCUGUCAUUAGCCAGGUGUUUAAUGUAAAUAUA